AUGAGACUCAACAGCGCCUUGCUGGCAUGCAUUCUUGCAGCCAUCUCUCCCUGCGUGGCUGCGCCCACCUUCCGCAAGCGACAAGGAUCACAGAUCGUGGGACUGCCAAACGGCCCUGAGAUUGACAAUUCAGACAUUGAUUACCAUCCAGUCGGCCCUGUUGGAGCAUCUGGUAGUCCCUACGGUGGACGGGAACUGCUCGGGAACAGUGGCGAUGGCAAGCCAGCGACGGAUGUUGGACCAAACGUGCCUGCCAAAACAGGUUCAAAUGCUCAGAAUGCUGGACAGUACACUUUAGUAUCUGGACAGGAAGCUGAGGCUGAUCUGGGGUUGUAUCUGGAUUUAUCAGAAGUUGAGAAUCCGCAACCCAUCCGUGGUGGGAACGGUGCAGCGGACGCUGGGCCUCGCAACGAAGAGGUUCAGAGACAGAACAGCGACCUUCUUGCUCGACCUGGCACUGAUAUGGGCGACAUCCCAAAUGCAAAGUGGCCGAUGGGACUUUCAAGUGCACGGUCUGGUACUGGUGGUGGUAAUCCUGGAUGGGCGCGGCAGCAGAAUACAAAUGAGUUGCCUGUGGCAGCCGCGAUGGCGAGUGUGGAUAUGAAUCUUGGGCCCCACGCAUGUCGAGAGUUGCAUUGGCAUUCAGCAAACGAGUGGGCGUAUAUCCUCUCUGGAGGUGUUCGCAUCGCUGCUGUGAAUCAGAACGGACAGUCUUACGUUGAUGAUUUGCAAGCUGGGGAUCUUUGGUUCUUCCCAGCAGGCGUCCCGCACUCAAUCCAAGCCGAUGACCGCGGCGUCGAGUUCCUCCUCGUCUUCAACCAAGGUGAUUUCUCCGAAGACGCAACCGAUCUCGUCACCGAACUCUUCGCCCGCAACCCGCUCCAAGUCCUCGCCAAAAACUUCCAAACCGACGUCUCAACCUUCAAGAACCUCCCCCGCGACCAGCGCUACAUCUUCAACGGCAGUCCCUUCGAGCAGUCUCUUCAAGAAACCAAAGAUAGCACCACCGGCCCCGCCGGGUCCCUGCCCCAAAACGAAUCCUACAGCUACCACCUCUCCGCACAAGAACCGUACACCGUCCCCGGCGGCAGCGUCAAAAUCGUCGACCCCUCCACCUUCCCCAUCGCCAACAACUUCAGCGCCGCAAUCUUCACUAUCGACCCGGGCGCCAUGCGCGAAAUCCACUGGCACCUGACCUCCGACGAAUGGAAUUUCUUCCUUCAAGGCCAAGGCCGCGUGACGGUUUUCACAGGCCCGACCAACUCCCGCACUUUCGACUACCAAGCCGGCGACGUGGGCUACAUCACCGACGCAAGCUCGCACUACGUCGAAAACACGGGCGACGAUCCACUCGUGUAUAUCGAGGUCUUGCAGGCGCCGCGGUAUAUCGAUAUCAGCGCCGCGCAGUGGUUGGCGCUCACGCCGGCGCAGGUCGUGAGGGAGACGUUGAAUGUGCCGCAGGGGUUCAUUGAUAAUUUGCCCAAGACGAAGAGGUAUAUUGUUCCCGGGUCGACGAAUCGUACGCAGACGAAUUUUACUGUCGCGGAGUAUCCCAAUGCGAGGUUGAAAGCGAGUGGAAGUACAUGA